UUUAGGAGUACGUUAUGUUGAAACGGUAUAGAAAAGGUGGCCAUCGACUCUGGGAGGAGAAAACCUUGGUUUCGCGUUAGUUUGAUGGGAUUGCUGUAUAUAAUAUACCUCCGAACAGGACUAAAAAGUUUUUCGCUCGGACUGGAUUCUAUCAUCGUAAUUUUCGUACUCUUGCGACUCUGCCUUGCCGUCCACGGACUUACAGUGUGCAAGUUUUAAUGUCUUAGUUUGAGAGACAACGAAAAACAAGACGAAAAACAUACCUGCUUAUUAACUAGCAACCAUGGCUAUGCUUCCAACAUUUGGCUUUACGCAAGAGCAAGUGGCGUGCGUCUGUGAGGUUCUCCAGCAAGGGGGCAACAUCGAACGUCUUGGUCGUUUUUUGUGGUCUUUACCUGCAUGCGAACAUCUCCACAAGAAUGAAAGCGUCCUGAAGGCGAAAGCAGUGGUUGCUUUUCACAGGGGUAAUUUCAGAGAGCUUUACAAAAUUCUAGAGAGCCACCAGUUCUCUCCUCACAACCACCCAAAGCUGCAGCAACUCUGGCUAAAGGCACACUAUAUCGAGGCGGAGAAGCUGCGGGGACGCCCUCUCGGGGCUGUGGGAAAGUACCGUGUCCGCCGAAAGUUCCCCCUGCCCCGGUCGAUUUGGGACGGAGAGGAGACCAGUUACUGCUUCAAGGAAAAGAGCCGGAGCGUGCUGAGGGAGUGGUACACCCACAACCCGUACCCUUCCCCGCGGGAGAAGAGGGAGUUGGCCGAGGCCACCGGACUGACAACCACCCAAGUUAGCAACUGGUUCAAGAACAGACGACAAAGGGACCGCGCAGCAGAGGCAAAGGAAAGGGAAAACAACGAGAACUCAAACACUAACAGCCAUAACCCAUUGACUUCUUCCAUGAAUGGAAAUAAAACUAUUUUGGGGAGCUCGGACGACGAUAAAACACCCUCGGGGACCCCCGAUCACACCUCAUCAAGCCCAGCGUUGCUCCUGACUUCAAACUCGGGGCUGCCGCCUCUCCACGGCCUUGCGCCCCCGCCUGGUCCCAGCGCAAUUCCUGUCCCCAGCACGGACACCGUGCACCAUCACCAUUCGUUGCACGAUACUAUACUGAACCCUAUGUCGUCCAACCUGGUCGACCUCGGCUCUUAAAAAAAAAGGGACUUGUUUUUAAAGGACAAUAAAAAGCGUGGACGGUCGAGACAUAAAUAUCUUCAGACACUUGAAGUGAUGUACAAAAAAAGCAAGCGAAAGGCCAGAGUCAUUACAGGAUUUUUUGUCCACGCGGAGAGAGGAGAGAUGGUAGGCGUUUAAAGGUAUUUUAAUAGAAUGUAAUAACCGGUUAUCUUGUUGAAAACAGUAACAAUAAAAUGUCUUAAUUCUUGUUAUUAUUAUUAUCGUUAUUAUUAUUUUAGAGGACAGAUUUCAACAAAUCUGUAUUCACUCAGUUGGUUACCCCACCCCUUAUCUAUAUGUUUACACACUGCAGGUUAUCACUAAAAGGCCAUCUUCAGUUUUGUUUUGUAUGGGGUAUCGUAUUGGAGAUGUUCUUAUAGGAGGAGCAGUCUAUGAAACAAAAGAAUAAGAUUAUAACCUCUUCUUUUUUUAUUUGUAUUUUAUUUUGGAAAGCGACUGCAUGUAAACUUUGCGAAUAAUAAUAAAACAUAAAUCGAU